AUGAAUUUCAUUAUUAUUUAUUUCUUCUAUAUUUUAACCUCAUUUAUUGUAAAUUGUGCUCCUUCUUUAAAUAUUUCUUCUUCAAAUUUUCUUUCAAAUGAGGAUGAUUUACAUUGGAUUUUUCGACUUUUGCCUAUUUUAGUUGGUUAUGGCUUUCUAAUAUUUUUCUGUUUUUAUUUAAUUCGUUGGGUGGAGAAGAAAUCUAAAGACAACGAUUCUUUUCUUCAACAAAAUUUUUUUCUUCAUUUUCUUCGUCUUUUUGCUAUAGGCCAACCAGAAUAUAAACAAUUACCACAACAAAAUUUAAAUAAAAACAAAUCAAUUCCUCCUUCUUUUUCGCUACGACGGAAAAGAAAAUCUUUUUUUGAAGAUGCAAUUUAUUUUUCAAUAUUUUUCAUAGGAAUUCAGUUUUGUCUAGUCUGUAUGGGCUUUUAUCAAGAAAGAAUAAUUACACAACCUUACAAAAUUCAAAAUAUGACAAAAAAAGAAUUUUUUAAAGAUGCUCAAUUUUUAGUUUUUGCAAAUAGAUUGGUUGCUUUAGUUUUGGCUGGAAUUUAUAUUUUGUUUCGGUGGAAAAGUUUACCAGUUCAUGUCCCUCCUCUUUAUCUUCAUUCUUUCACUUCUUUUUCAAAUGUGCUUUCUUCUUGGUGUCAAUACGAGGCUCUUAAAUAUGUUAGCUUUCCAACACAGACAGUCUGUAAAGCAAGUAAAUUAGUUCCAACAAUGAUUAUGGGAAGAAUUGUCCGUAAACGUCAAUAUUCAAUUAGAGAGUAUAUUUUGGCUUUUAUUAUUGUUUUUGGUGCUUCUAUUUUCUUUUUGUCUUCAGCUAGUCAAAUUAAGAAAGAAAGUAACGACAAAAGGAGAGAAGAAACAAAUUCAGCUAUCUCUGGAUUUAUAUUAAUGUUUGGAUAUUUAUUACUUGAUGCUUUUACUCCAAAUUGGCAAAAAAAAUUAUUUGAACAACCCCCACGUCUCCACACUAGUCAAAUGAUGUUUGCAGUUAAUUUAUUUUCUGUAAUUUUGUGUUUAAUUUCUCUAUUACAACAAGGAACAUUACUUACUUCAAUUAAUUUUAUUUCUAAACAUGAAAAUAUUUUUGUUGAUUGUUUACUGCUUUCGUUGGGUUCUGCUUUUGGGCAGGUUUUUAUUUUAAUGACUGUUAAGCGGUUUGGCCCUGUUGUUCUUUCGUUAUUGAUGACAAUUCGUCAAAUUCUAUCAAUUUUCUUUUCAACCUAUAAUUUCGGUCAUUCAAUUACUUUAAUAGGAUUUUUCGGGUUAUUUACAGUUUUUGGUGCAAUUAUUGUUGAUAUUUAUUCAAAAUAUAGAAUUAAUACAGGAAGAAGGCUUAGAUAA